UAAACGUGAUAAUAUGGCAACACUAAGUUAUGAAUUUGAGCAUAUUUUUGUCGCCAUUGCUACGUUCUUCAACGAUUUGCGGAAAAAAUUAAGUUUUAUUUAGUUUAAAGUCUCAAAUAACUUGCAAAAUGUCCAAAGCACAUCCUCCAGAGUUGAAAAAAUAUAUGGAUAAACGUAUGUUGCUAAAACUGAAUGGUGGCCGGUCUGUGGCAGGGAUUUUGCGUGGAUUCGAUCCCUUCAUGAAUGUAGUACUCGACGAAACGGUGGAAGAGUGCAAAGAUAGUACGCGCAAUAACAUUGGCAUGGUGGUAAUUCGAGGUAACAGCAUUGUUAUGGUAGAAGCGCUGGAUCGAGUAUAGCAUGAUGGUAGAACUGUGUCAUUCCCCGUCUUAGUUUAUAUAUAUAACAAAUAAAAGUGAAAGAAAAUA